AUUGUAGGCCCAAAUUUCAUGGAACCUUCGAGUUUCAUCCAUUGCAAUUGCGUUGAAUAAUUUACUUUGAAGAUGAUACAAACGCGCGCACUCUCACUAACCACCAAUCCAAUCACAUCCUGAUAAAUAAAAACUCCAAACCAAUAAACACCGUGAAUACUGAAAAGACUAUAAAUCAAAACCAAGACUUUAGCCAUGGCCAUGGCUUCUCUGAGCUGUCUUCCUCACUCUCUGCCCGUUGUCUCUCGUUCUUCACCUUCCUCUUCUUCUACAAAAUAUCUUAUUCCGAGCAACCCUCCCUACCCAAAACGUCUUUGUUUGGAUUCGAGAAACAGCAAUCACAGCAAAAGCUUUGCUCUGAGAGCGGCUUUGGAGGAGGUAUCUGUUAUUGACCCAGCUCCUCCUUCAUCUUCUGGAAGUAAGGGCAAACCCAACCCUGAGCUCAUAGCAUCUUUGAAGCUCAAGUUAUUGAGUGCUGUUUCUGGGCUAAAUAGAGGUCUUGCAGCUUCUGAAGAUGAUCUACGAAAGGCAGAUGCUGCUGCCAAGGAGAUUGAAGCUGCUGGGGGUCCAGUGGAUCUCUCAACUGAUCUUGAUAAACUGCAAGGUAGAUGGAAACUGAUAUAUAGCAGUGCAUUUUCUUCUCGUACUCUAGGUGGGAGCCGUCCUGGACCUCCCACUGGAAGGCUACUCCCAAUUACUCUAGGCCAGGUAUUUCAACGAAUUGAUAUCUUCAGCAAAGACUUUGAUAACAUAGUGGAGCUUGUACUAGGUGCUCCAUGGCCCCUGCCGCCUGUUGAAGCAACUGCCACGUUAGCCCACAAAUUUGAACUCAUAGGAGAUGCAAGGGUUAAGAUCGUAUUUGAGAAAACUACCGUGAAGACAACAGGAAACUUAUCGCAACUUCCUCUAUUGGAGUUACCUAAGUUACCAGACGGACUAAGACCUCCAUCUAACCCAGGAAGUGGUGAGUUUGACGUUACUUACCUUGAUGCUGACAUCCGCAUCACCAGAGGAGAUAGAGACGAGCUGAGGGUUUUUGUGGUUUCAUAGUCUCUUGGUAGUUUCUCUUUCAACUUCCACUGUAUCACCAAUUGUUUCGCCUCACGCAUUUUUGGUGUCUUUUGAUCUUAUAUUAUUACUUUAGAUUGUUGUAUGCAUGAACAGGUGGAUGGAAGUUCCAUGAAACAGUGUUCGACAAGGAACUACUGCUUUAUACUUGUAAAUUUGUCAUUGAUAGGGUUGUAACUUUGUUAUAAAAAGCUUAUAAAAAAACUGCGUUGAAAAGUUAGAUUUUCAUAUACAGAAAGGAAUUUAUACCCCCUCA